AUGCCACAAAACGCACUGGACAUCCAGGAUCUACUAAAUUACACGCCAGCGCCUUACAAGAACACCCGCAAUUUGAAUGCGGAUCAAGAAAGGCAAUGUCAGGCUUUUGCCAAUGCACCACUGUUCAGUGUCGCGGCUCGGACGCUGGCGGAGACGCCUGCACGGCGAGAAUCAACGAGUCGUGGUCUAGUACCACAAUAUGGGCUAAUUGGCCUUUGUGAAGACGUCGAUGAGCUCAACCCAAGCCCUGAGGAUCAGCUCAUUCUGGCAAACCUGAACGUCCCUUGGUCAGCAUUCAUCUGCGGUUCCCAGGGAGCCGGCAAGAGCCACACUCUCUCCUGCUUGCUUGAAUCGUGUCUGAUCCAGAACAAUCCGACGGGGACGCUCUCUCAUCCCAUGGCAGGCCUCAUCUUCCACUACGACACAUUCUCGAGCAGUACGGCAACACAGGUUUGCGAAGCCGCAUACUUGUGCUCUUCAGGCAUACCUGUCAAGAUCCUCGUAGCCCCGUCAAACAUAUGGGCCAUGGACCGCAUGUACAGCGACCUUCAAGGUCUUCCUGAGGGUUGCCCGAGACCGCAAAUCGUCCCGUUAUACUUUGACGACUCCAAGCUCAACAUCUCGAGAAUCCUUAAACUGAUGGCGUUCAACCCCACUGGGAAAGCUGCGCCUCUGUACAUGGAGAUUGUGAUGAGAAUCAUCCGCGAGAUUGCCAUGGAGGGCAGCCCAUUCACGUACAGCCUGUUUCGACAGCGCCUGGCGGAUACACCCCUGAUGCGCGACCAGGAGGUGGCGCUCAAUAUGCGGCUUGAGUUGUUGGACAGCUUCCUCACGCCGAAACUGACGCCUCACUCGACCAAACCAGCAGCUGCUGAGCAGGACAUCUGGGCUUUCCAGCCCGGCACUCUGACUAUUGUCGAUCUCAGCGACCCCUUCCUGUCAGCGGACGACGCAUGUAGCUUGUUUUCCAUGUGUCUUUCCAUCUUCAUGCAAGAGCGGUCGAACUGCAGUCGAGUAGUGGCUCUUGACGAAGCCCACAAGUUUCUUACACAGUCCGGAGCCGCCGAAGUCCUCACUGAGGAGUUGACCUCAAUCAUCCGACAACAGCGGCACGUCAGCACUCGGGUGCUCAUAGCCACUCAAGAGCCGACACUCUCCCCCAAACUCAUUGACCUGUCGAAUGCCACAUUCGUCCAUCGAUUUUCGUCCCCAGCUUGGUACGGCACCCUCAAGGGGCACCUUGCGGGCCGGAAGCAGGAAGACGUGUUCCGGUCGAUCACAGAGCUGCAGACGGGCGAGGCACUGGUCUUCUGCCCUACCGCGCAGAUGCUGGUGCCCGGUGAAAAGAACAUUGGCCGGCUGCAAGCACUCGGUCCACGCCACAUGCGACUCCGGGUGAGGAAACGCAUCACGUUUGACGGCGGCGUCAGCCUUGUCGCG